AUGCAGCUCGGGCGCUAUUCCGUCUCGACACUGCGUCCUGCACCCAUCCUUGGUAUCGCCUUCGGGCACGACGGUAAGGUCUUCGCUGUCGCCACCGAGACUGGCUAUGAAGUCUGGCGCACCUUCCCCCUCGGCCUGCUGCGGCGUAAAUCACUUCCGGGCAUGUUGGCGCGCGCCGUACCACUACCCGGCUCGCCGCUGCUGGCCCUCCAGGGUGGCGGGUCAGACCCGCUCUUCCCGCCAAACAAGGUUGUGCUGUACCAUGACGUGCGCGGGGCAGCGGUCGCGGACCUCGAGUUCAGCGAGCGUGUGCGCGGCAUCGCUGUGCGACACCGCACCGUCGUCGUCGUAUUGCUCAGGCGUGCGAUCGCUUAUGAGUACUCCCUGGAGAGCGGGUUCAAGCUCACCAAGCUCGGCGAGUGGGAGACGGCCGACAAUGAGGCUGGCCUUAUCGCGCUCGCCACCGCUCCAGGCGCAACACUCCUCGCUCUUCCGGGUCGCCAAGCUGGGCAUGUGCACCUGAUAAACCUGCCUCCCUGUGGAGGGGCCAGUGCGCCUCCGGCCGCAUUCCGCUCACCGUUCUUACUCGCGCACGCACACCCACUCUCCGCGCUCGCGUGCUCGGCGUCAGGAGCACAUCUCUUGACGGCCAGCGAACGGGGCACGCUUGUGCGCGUGUGGGAUACAGCUAGAGGAGCGCAGGACAGUGAGCUGCGACGCGGCGUCGACCGCGCCGAGAUCUGGGGACUGCAGUUCGAGGACGCCAUCGACCUGCGUCCGCUUGACGGUGACCGCCGUCGCGACGCGCUCCGCCGCAAGGGCGGGCGCGUCGUGGGCUGGAGCGACAAGGGCACUGUGCACGUGUGGGCCGGCGGCGACGCGCCCAUCAAACCCAAGGCGCAACCAAUGCUGGGCCUCAUGGUUGGCAAGGCGCUCUCUCUGUCCAAGAGCCUACCCAACUAUUUCUCGUCCGCACCCAGUAUAGCACAGUACUACCUUCCGCGCAAGAAUCCGCACGCAUUCGCCAGCACGAUCGGGAGCGCAGUCGACGCCGCGGGUCUGCCAAGCAUGAAGCUGAACGAGGAUGGCGACAAGGAACCCGAGGAGCGCGAAUGGGCCGAACACUACAUCGUGGUCUGGAUUGAAGUCGACGUCGAGGACGACGAGGACGAGCCACCUCUCACAACUAUCAGUGGCGCCCCGACGUCGUUUAGACCGAAGCGCUCCGCGUUAACCAUGGGCUCGCGCGAAGAGCGAAGCUCUUUCGGCUCGGAAGGGACUAGUACGCGCACGGCGACGCCGCGCGGCGGACGCUCUGCCACACCCACCGCUGCCACAGUCAGCUCCGCCCUCGCACGAGAGCGGCGCUCGCCAACCGGUAGCGGCCGCCGCUCGAACGCCUCAACACCAAUGGCCCAGAGUCGUGCUUCUCCCGUCCCACCCAUAAGCUGGCGCAAGGCCAGCACAGACUCUCACUCGACAGUCGUCCUGCGCCGCACUCAUCGUGAGCGCCAGCUCGUCGUCGUCACCCACUCGGGCGACUGGUAUCGCCUCCGCCUGCCUCGCAACACGGAUGAGUUUGACGCAAGCACCAAGGCUGAACUUGUAGAGUACCGCCGCCUCGGUGUCGGGGGCGGUGGCUGGUAG